AUGGAGGAAAACGUGGCUGGUUACGACUGUGUUCGAUUUGCUGUGUGCAAAGGAGAGCUUGCGGAAGCUCACCUGGUUAGCUGGCAGGAGUACUGGCCCUUCCUGGACGCGUUCGCCGACCUCAGCUCGGAGGUGGGUCUCAGCAAGCUGGAGCUGUUCUUCCUGAAGCAGCGUGUGCUGGUCCAGGUGCACGCCAUUCUGCACCGCUGUCAGUUCACGGCCGCCCCGAACUACAGUGUGGGCGGGGAGUACGUUCUCUUCCACAACCCGGACUCCGAGGGGAAAUGGGCAGGGGACAGCGAUCGCGACAGCUUCCACUCCGCGGAGAGUUCGUCGGACAGUGAGGGAGAGCACGCGUGGGAGGAGGGUGCGGGUGUCGGUGAGGAGGCGGGGGAGCAGCGACGUCUGACAGUGCCGCAACAGCAACUGUCGUCGUCACCGUCGUCUGUCGCGCCGUCUCCCCCGGGGACUUUGUCCUUCCUGUGGGGCGGUCUCGCCAAAAUCAAGAAUUAUUUCUCUCCCAGCAAGCCCGUACUGCCGAAGAGUGACCAUGGCGAAAACAAAGAGAACGAACAGUUCGUGUCUUCGCCCGGCGCCAACAGGAAUAAUUCAAAGCUCGUGGAGAGAGACACGAGCGCAAAAGACGGUCACUCGAGACGAGACGCUUCUUCUUCCCCAGAUCUGGCUCUGUCCCCGGUGAGUGCCAAGACGGAGACAGACUUGAAUCGGGGAUAUCACACCCCGCCCGUGGGAGACGCAAAAUCUUCGUCGUCAUCUUCUUCUUCCUCGUCUUUAUUGUCUGGUUCUUCUUUAUCAGACGAUUGUCUCCUGUCUUCUCAAACACAUGAUAGCGAUAUCAUCCCUCCAGCCGCCCAUCAGAUUUCGUCGACACCCAAACUCUCAGAACCCGCCUGUGACAGCACGAAGUCCCCAUCUGUGGGUGGGGUGGGUGAGGAAACGGUCGCUCACGGUGAGACUUCGGUGAAAAAAGAUCCGGAGAAGUCGGACUUGUGGGAAUAUCGAGCCACAAAUUCCACGUACAGCAGUGAUGGCUCGUUCUCUGAAUCUGACCUUGGCUCUCCUGCGAGAGGACAUUGCCCGAACGACUCUCUGUCUCUGGUUGGUUUGGAAUCUCUCAAUUCAUCUUCUGCUUCAGCGGAUGAAAAACUGGAGAACUCUGAAACAGACGGCAGUUUUAACACAAAGUUGAACAACUUUUGCAACAAACUGCAGAAAUUCUCCAUCGAGUCCCCACAAAACCGUGACGCCGUGGAUAACAACGAGAGUACAGACGGCGUAGAUGUGACAGACAGCCGGAUGAUCGAACCGUGCGUGCAGUUAUUCGUCGGCGACUUAUUUUCCGAGCUGAAAAAGCGUCUGGAACCUCAGCAGACCUACCUCUCCUGUAGCACGGACGCCGGAGUCAGAGCUAGAUCUGUCGCGCCGUGUUCCUCCCUCCCCGUUGUUCUCCUCCGACAAGCCCUGGACAAACACGUGGUACUGGCCGAUCUCUACGUGCCGGAGACGACCCAACAGGUCAGGGGAGCGAACUGCGACUUCCUGUCCCGGCAGUCGACGCAGCUCGUUCUGGAUGAGGAGACGCACCGAGCGGAGAUCAAGAACGUGUGGCCCGGCCUGCUCACCAGCUUCCCCACGUGGACGACGGCUGACCGCGUGUCGGGGCUGGAUCGGGACGAGGUCGUGGCCGUGGAGAUUGUGGGCGUGCCCGAAGAUAAGGAUGUCUUCUUAUGUAACAGAGAUUUCCAGCAGGAGUUCUCUGCCCUCCGGGAGCAGUUUCUGCGCGGCAAGGACGAUGACACGGACAGGACGGAGGCUGUGAGGACGACAGUGAGACUUGUGCGUCUGUCCACGCUGCCACGGGCUGAAGUCUAUGUCUGCGGCCUGCCCAGCCCGGCCCGUGUGCGACAGUCGGUCAAACGAGACCCCCCACCGGUCAGCCCCCUGGUCCGAGGCAGUCUGCUGACCACCCCUCUCCGACCAGACUCGCCAGCGUCCAGCACAGCGUCACUCUCUCAGCACGACCCCAUCGCCAGGAAGCUGUUCACCUCCUGACCUUUGUGUGACGAU